GUCUCUCUCUCUCUCUCUUCCCUCCUCAUCAGACUCUCACGCACUCUAACUUCGUAACGGACCGUACUAUCCAGACUUCCCACCAAGAGAGAGAAAGACACACUCACACACAAACACAAUGUCAUGCUAAAGACCUAAUUAACCAUUUAAUCACACACGCACUCUCUCUCAACAAAAACAUUAACAAAUGCCGUCUCAGCAACCGUCCUCUCCCUCCGAGCCUUGCCCUGUCGACCCACGAAUCUGGCGCGCUUGUGCCGGCUCCUCCUUUCAAAUCCCCACCCUCAACUCUAGGGUUUACUACUUCCCUCAAGGCCACAUGGAGCAAUCAUGUCCUUCCGUCACUGUCCCUCUCUCCAAACCCUUCAUUCCUUGCAUCGUCUCCCACGUCGAGUUUCUCGCUGAUCCUCUCACCGACCAGGUCUUCGCUAAAGUUCUUCUCACACCUGUCAACUCGUUCGAUUCUUGGUCUUCUGGAAACUUCUUUGACCACCACCACCAGCAACAGCAGAAUGAGAAUGCGGUUUUUCCGUUUGCGAAGAUUUUAACGCCGUCAGAUGCGAAUAACGGCGGUGGUUUUUCCGUCCCGAGGUUUUGUGCUGACUCGAUCUUCCCGCCACUUAACUACCAAGCGGAUCCUCCAGUGCAAACUUUGUCUAUUACGGAUAUUCAAGGAACCGUUUGGGAGUUUCGCCACAUUUAUCGUGGGACGCCGAGACGGCAUUUGUUAACGACAGGAUGGAGCAAGUUCGUGAACCGAAAGAAACUAAUUGCCGGAGAUUCUGUUGUUUUUAUGAGAGAUACGAGAGGGAAAAUGUAUGUGGGGAUCAGGCGAUCGAUGAGGUACGGGAACAAUGGAGAAGUUGCCAGGUGGCGGGAGCAGAUUGGAAUGACGCCGGAGGCUGUGGUGGAGGCAGUGGAGAGGGCGGCGCUGGGGUUUCCGUUUGAGGUGGUAUAUUAUCCAAGGGCCGGGUGGGCUGAUUUUAUAGUGAGGGCCGAAAUGGUAGAUGUGGCAAUGAGGGUGUUUUGGACGGCUGGGUUGAGAGUUAAGAUGGUGGUGGAGACUGAGGAUUCGUCUAGAUUGACGUGGGUUCAGGGCACGGUAAUGGCAGUUUCUGUGCUCGAUAGUGGCCAGUGGUGUGGCUCACCGUGGCGAAUGCUUGAGGUUACGUGGGAUGAACCUGAAAUUCUGCAGAGCUCAAAUAGAGUAAGUCCUUGGCAAAUCGAAUUUGUUUCGCCCACUCGACCACUUCAUACCACAAUUCCUCCAGCGAAGAGAUCAAAAUUUCCUCAGAAUUCUGUGUCAGUGACUGAUGGAGAGGAAGAAAUCUUCUUUCCACUGACAGGAUUAACUAAUUCAGCAAUGGAGCACACAAACCCUUCAUUGGUGAAUUAUAACACUUUUCCUGCUGGCAUGCAGGGAGCCAGGCAAAAUCCUUUUAGUGUAUUUAGUUUAUCUAACUUCAGAAGUGAGAAUACUCCUCAAGUGUGCAAUGAUAGUACCUAUGGCAACAACUUGAUGCCAAAGUUGAAACGCAUUUCUACUGAACUGAACAUUGGAAGUUCACAGUCUGACAACCUAUCACCAGAUAGCCACAGUAGUGUGCAUUCCUAUGGUACUGAACUUCUUGGAGACCAGGGCUGCAACUUGACAAAAGUUGGUAUUAGCUCUUUUCAGUUAUUUGGUAAGAUCAUACAUAUGAAUCAGCCUGUUGGAAGUGGUUUGGACGAUGUUGCUUGCUUGGAAGAUGAUGGCAGUAGAGUGCUCAACGUAACUGAAGGUUUGAAUGAGCGAAUGAAUCUUCCCUUGACUUACACAGAACUGCUUAAUAGGUCUUUGCCAUUUGAGCGACUCAGCAGUUGAAGCUGAAGCUUGCUCUUUGUGAAAUAAUAAUUGUGUCUAUGGCAUGCAGAUAAGUAGCUGUACAGGUAUGCUUUUAUCUGAAUACUGUGUACUACGCUGAACCAUGAAACCAAUCAUCAGAUGUUAAUUACUGGCUAAUGUUUAUCAAAAUUUGAUCAUGCUUUUAUAUGCAUAGUGGGUUACUUUCACUUAAGUUAUCAGGCAUGUUGUCUAAUGUGCUUUUCAUCUUGCAAUUUCUCUACUAUUUGAAUGUAUGUUUGAAACAGACAGUGAAUCUGAUAUGUCUGCUGCAAUUACUGGUAAAAUUAGUUGGAAGAGAUUGAGUUUGUUAUGGUUUUUUGUGAAAUGAUAAUUAUUAGAACUUCAGAUGACAUUAUUCUCGUGUAGUAGGCUAAUAUUAAUUAUAUAUGAGACUUACUGAUGGCAUCAUAUAUGGCAUUUGGACUAGUGAAAAUUUUAUGACAUUCGGUGAUAUUACCAACCAGCUGGUGCUUUCCAAAGGUUGGCUAUUUGGUAGGAAUCCUUAAAUUGACUGUUCUAUGCAUGCCUGCUUGGAGCUGUAGUACAUGUUGGGCUUUUAUUUAUUUUAGUUCAUUCAGUUCAAGAUCUAUUCAUCCAUGAAUGUGAAUGAGUGAUCAUAAACGAUGGAGCUGAAAAAUUGAAGUGGCUAAGGCGUUGUAGGGUAUUUGUUUUCUAAACCCAUUUUCUGUUUUAGACAUUGAAAAACAGUUGUAAAACAUACUAGUAAUUAUAUU